GAGGGAGAGGCUGAGAGUGUGAAGGGGAAGGGGCCUGUGGCAUGUGGUUGGAGGGAGGACUGGACUCUGAUGAGGGGUGUUGCGAGGAGGUGGGGAAAGCUCAGAAUUGGAGUUUAGACGAUUCUGGGGGGCUUCUAAAGUGUUAAAUUGGAUGUGGGAGGGGGAAGGGCCUAGGGGAGAAUUUGGGUGGAAAAGGAGAGAACGGAGGUUUGGGGAAUGGAGAGAGUGUCGGUGGGAGGAGGUAAUGGAGAAAGUGAGAGACUGGGAGGAAGAAAGUUUGGGAAGAAGGAGUGGAAUGGGAGAUAGGACAGUGGAGCUGCACGGGUGAUAGAGGUUCGGGGGUUUCCCUUUCCCCGGUGGAAAGGAGGAGAGAACAGAGUUAAGCAGCAUCAGUUGCAGCCAAUUCGAAUUGCCAGAUCCUUAGCUUUUAAGAGGGUGGGAAGGGCAGAAGGGAAUGGUCAUGUGGGUUUGCAGAAUUGGGGUUGGAUGAAAAUUCAACUGGGUUUAUUUUCCAAAAGACUCCCUAGCUUACUGUUCCCUUGUUUUUCCUGCUUGGGAAAAUGGGGAAGCCGGUGUCGUCCAAGUGUGGAGGAGCAAAGGACUUUUCUAGUUUUUAGCAUUAGCAAUACAAGAGUGGGGGAGCAGACAUGGCUAUAUUGGAACUCUAUAUGCUAAGGUGGAGGCUCUGGAAGUCUGAGGAGGGAAAGACAAAAGAUAGAGUGGCAUCUAGAUAGGCUAAUUAAAUAAGUGCUGUAGUUUCCAGACCCUUUUGCUGUUUAGGUCUAGAAGGGAGGGGGUAACAUGGAUACUGUAUGUAGAAAAACUUUCCCUGGUGAAACAGAUGUAUGAGUGGAUGCUGUGCCAUUAGAUAUUUUGUUCUCAUUGUGUGCUAGUUAAGGGAAAGGGCCAAAGGUAGAAUUUUGAGGAUAGUGCUGGUCUGUUGUAACCACUUGCCUCCCUGUUUUUUCUGAAGAUGAAAGUUAACAUUAAUAUUGUAACAAAAUAGGAAUAAGGAAUUGUGGAGGAAGAUGAGAAGGUGCCAGAGGGUAAUUGGUUUUCCCAGAAGUUCUUAAAUUUGGGAGCUUUCUUACCGCAAGCCAUUGAGACUGGAAAUUCUUGGAGUUGGUAUUGUUUUUGUAAAUUGACUAACAGAGAGUUAGGGAAGCCUGGAGACUUGUUGGGGGUGAGUUCUCUAAAUGUCUUUAGGCUUGUCUGUGUACUUUUGCAGCGAGAUUGUCUAAUUCUAUGGGCCUUUGAGGUUUCAGAGUAAAACUUGAAAAUUAAUUGUUUUCCCCUCCUUAUUUGUUUUUGUUUUGCUGCUGGCUGUGAAACUUGUGCUAGGAAGAGACCUGGGAAAUUAAGUUUCUUGCGGAGUGUGGAUUGCAGCUGCUGAGCAGGGAUUCUGGAAAGCAUUGCGUACCUGAGCCCCCAGCAUGGCGGGCCUAAAGCGGCAGGCAAGCCAGGUGUGGCCAGAAGAGCAUGGUGAGCAGGAACAUGGGCUGUACAGCCUGCACCGCAUGUUUGACAUCGUGGGCACUCAUCUGACACACAGAGAUGUGCGCGUGCUUUCUUUCCUCUUUGUUGAUGUCAUUGAUGACCACGAGCGUGGACUCAUCCGAAAUGGACGUGACUUCUUACUGGCACUGGAGCGCCAGGGCCGCUGUGAUGAAAGUAACUUUCGCCAGGUGCUGCAGCUGCUGCGCAUCAUCACUCGCCACGACCUGCUGCCCUAUGUCACCCUCAAGAGAAGACGGGCUGUGUGCCCUGAUCUUGUAGACAAAUAUCUGGAGGAGACAUCAAUUCGCUAUGUGACCCCCAGAGCCCUCAGUGAUCCAGAACCAAGGCCUCCCCAGCCCCCUAAAACAGUGCCUCCCCACUAUCCUGUGGUGUGCUGCCCCACUUCGGGUCCUCAGAUGUGUAGCAAGCGGCCAGCCCGAGGGAGAGCCACACUUGGGAGCCAGCGAAAACGCCGGAAGUCAGUGACACCAGAUCCCAAGGAAAAGCAGACAUGUGACAUCAGACUGCGGGUUCGGGCUGAGUACUGCCAGCAUGAGACUGCUCUGCAGGGCAACGUCUUCUCUAACAAGCAGGACCCACUUGAGCGCCAGUUUGAGCGCUUUAACCAGGCUAACACCAUCCUCAAGUCCCGGGACCUGGGCUCCAUCAUCUGUGACAUCAAGUUCUCUGAGCUCACCUACCUCGACGCAUUUUGGCGCGACUACAUCAAUGGCUCUUUAUUAGAGGCACUUAAAGGUGUCUUCAUCACAGACUCCCUCAAGCAAGCUGUGGGCCAUGAAGCCAUCAAGCUGCUGGUAAAUGUAGACGAGGAGGACUAUGAGCUGGGCCGACAGAAACUCCUGAGGAACUUGAUGCUGCAAGCAUUGCCCUGACCUUUUCCCUGUUCUCACUUUGGGGACUGUUCCCAUCACCCACCUCUGGAGCUUACACUGUUCUGGGGUUUGUUCUCUACCCUUCCAACCAAUCACACCCCUGCCUUUUUUUUUUUUUUUUUUUUUUUUUUUUAAAGAAAAAGACGAAAGUGGAAGUGGUGUUCCCCACCCCUCCCUGCACCCAUGUGCCUGGGCUUCCCCUUUGUUUCCCUUUUCCAUUUACCCCCUAAUGUGUGUCUCUACAGCUACCUUACCACUGAGCCGUAAGACAAAUGUAUAGGGAGAAGCGAAGUCUACAGCACAUAGUCUUUGUAAGGGAUUGAUGUGAACACUGCUUUUGGGUGCACUAAGGAGUUAUCAAUACUUCUGGCUUUAUGAGAGCUCUUAAAUGUUGUCUAAAAAACCAAAGGGCUGUGAGUAAGGGAGCUGUGUGGAAGGUGGGACUCUGAAGUGUAUUUUGAAAAUUAAUCACCACCCUCUUCCAAAUUACAGAAUUUUUUAAAAACAAAGAAGCUGUGACCCUUUCCACUCUCUCCUGGCCUCUGGUGCUGCUCCUCUCUGCCGCCUUUCCUCCAUUCCGUGGCUUGAAACCUCUGCCUGAUGUGGCUCCUUCCUUUUACCCAUUUGUCAAACCCUCUUCAACGGAGGAACAGAGAAGAAGACUGGGUCAGCUGAGUCACGCCUCCCAAUUGUGGUGGUAUAUGUGUACACACAUAGACAGGGUGGAUGGAGAAGAGGUUGCUGAUUAAAAUACACUCCCCCUAUAAAGGGGAAGGGGGAGUGUGACACUUUCUUUCCAUGUUCAAGUGAAAAUAAAUAAUGUACCCUGCAGCCCUUUUCCCCUUUGCUUUCUUCUGGCUUGGGCAAAGGGCAUCAUAGGUGAAAGUGAAGUAAUUCCUUUUUCCUUCCCCCUCCUCCAUGCCUACGCCCACUCCCAUGCUUGGGAGAAUGGGGCUGGGACAUGCACUGAGUGUUGCACUUUUAUUUAUGUAGGGACGCAUGUUGAAUGAGCCAGGUCUAGAACUGGAGCUUAGUACAGCUGGUACAACACCAACUCCCCUUCUAGUUCCCAAAGGCGAUGUCCAGACACAGUCUUUAUGAUUAUUAUAUUUUUCAAUGCCAGUGCUGCUCAGCCCUCAGCAGAACUUCAGUUUUCAUGAAAUAAACAAUGACUGUAUAAAA